ACUUCGACAGGCGCCCGACUCGGUGCUGUCUUUCAAGCAGACCGACCCGGGCGAGCGGCUGGAAGGGUGGUCCUGAGUGUGAGCUGCGCGGGAUGUGGCCGUUGGUGUUGCUGUUGGCGGGGGUCGCCGCCGCGGGGGAGGCUGAAAUCCCCCCGCACGAGGACGUGGCUCGGGUCGCUCGCUUCGUGGCGCACGCAUGCGACUGGGGCGCGCUGGCUACGCUGUCCGCGCAGGUCCCGCCGAUGCGCGGCCAGCCCUUCGCCAACGUCUUCUCGGUCAGCGACGGGCCGCCGGGGCCGCGAGGCAGCGGGGUGCCAUAUAUGUACUUGACGGCGCUUGAGAUCUCUGUGCAGGAUUUGCAGGUGAAUGCAAAUGCCUCCCUGACCAUGUCCUUAGCACAGACAUAUUACUGCAAGAAGAAAGGCUAUGAUCCUCAGAGUCCUCUCUGUGCCCAUGUCAUCUUCUCUGGAAUAGUUGAAAAGGUUCAGAAUGUUACUGAAGCAGACUUUGCAAAGACAGCCUUGUUCAGCAGACACCCUGAAAUGGCAACCUGGCCGCGAGAUCACAACUGGUUCUUUGCAAAAUUCAACAUCACCAACAUCUGGGUCUUAGACUACUUUGGGGGAAUCAAAGCUGUGACUCCGCAAGAAUAUUUUAAUGCCACACCCUAGUAAGGACUUUUUGGAGUAAAUCCACAUCCAGUCACUUUUUGUUGGCCAUUCUUCUAAUAAGAAAGCAUGGACAUUACUAGGAGUGAGAUAACAUUGCAGAACCUCAAAUGUGCAAUGCCUUUAAAAUCCCAACUGCUUAUAUGGCAUGUAGCUUUAAAAUCAUGCCAAGAAAAUUGUGCCAAGAAAACAUAAUUCUGUGUGCUCAGGACUUUGGAAUAUGCAGUUCUGCACAAUUCCUUGUACUUUCAGAUAUUGUUCUUUUAAAGAAUGGAUGGAUUGUUUUUCAGCAAGCAUAGACUUGAGAAAAAUAUAGCUUAAGGGAACAUCCCUAAAACAGGUAGAACUAAAAUUCAGAGGAUGAGAGACACAAUGGGAAAAAGUGACAAAUUCUGAACCCAGUGAGAAGAAUUCAGUGGGAUGAUGUAACUUAAUGUCCUGCAAUAACAGGGGGUUGGAACCAGUGGUUUUCUGGCCCCUUCCAACUUUAUGAUUCUAUGAAUUAAUCCCAAAAUAUUCCAGUAUAUUGUAGAUCCUGAUACAUAGUUUCACCUGUCACAACUUCAAUCCAGUCAAUGCUCUACUAUCCAUUGGGUGAUUGCUAUCAUCAGAGUCAACACUCCUAAGAGAAAUGAGCUGGCGGCCCUGAUCCAGUGAAGAUCAACAUGUGUGUGGUGCACAUACCACAUCAUAGGGCAAAGCAAUAUGUAUGGGGGAAAUGAAGGGCCAAACAGUAUGACUGUGGCAGUUUGGAGAAGCCUCCUCAGUCAUGUAGAAAGAGGAUGGGCCAGAAUCUGAUCUUAAUAGCAAAGUGAGCACAUGAAUCAGUGCACUGAAUCUUCUUUCUGUGCAUGAUUUACCUCCAUCUAGCACCUCAGUAGAGUUUUCUAGUAUAGGGGCUUAGCAGAGCAGAGGUGCUCCUGGGGUAUAGGCUACAUAAAGAUAGGUAAAGGAGAGCCCUCUAAUCUUCAGGCAUGUGUCCUGUUUGCCAAUAAAGUGGGACUUCAUGGGUCUCUUCUUUUGAUGUGAUAGUUUACACACACAGCUAUCCUAAUCACAUCUAAUUUGCCCCUGAUCUUACAUUUCUGGGUGACCCAAUAGCCAAAAUGCUCUUAUUUACAAAACAAGACUUAAAAUUAUAGAAUACAAUAGCAUAAUGGAGAAUGGAGGAGGAGAGGAUGUAAGCUACCUUGAGCCCUUUGUAGGAAAAAGGCAGGAUUUAAAUAAAAUAAAUAAAUAAAUAAAUAAUAAAACAUAAUACAAAUACAUUUAAAAAUUAAAAUGGAAUAGAACUAGAGUAAUAACUAAAAGGCAAAGUGUGAGACUCUUAAGUGUAAUUCUUUUUUAAAUUGAAAGACUACAAAACUCUUUAAGUUAGAGUUUUAGUGAUAUGCACUUCUAUGCCUCUUGUCUCUACAAACUCUGAAGACUGGUUAAGAUCUUUCAUGUCAAUUCCAUCCUAUAUCAUUAUUUUGAAUAUCCAUGAAAUUUCGGAGCUGAAAUAAGAAGCUGAUGUAGUAUGCCUAUCUGGUGCCUAUUAAGUGUACUUAGAGCCAAUGCCCAUGGAAUUCUGACCCAAGAUUAAAGCAAGUUGGGGAGGAAAAGUCAUGACAGAGCCUGGGGGAUGUUUCUAAUCUCUUAACUAUUGUUCAGAAUUUAAAAAUAAUCUAACUGCACUUGGCUGAAUUUGCCUAAAACAGGUACUAAAGCAGAUGAGUACUUGCACACUUUUUAAAUCAACAAAAUACAAACAUUGUAUUCUAAGGGGUGUUUCUGUGUGUAAGAUUCAUACAGCCUGUUGGAAGAAAGCUUGGAUUGACACAAAUAUAUUUGCAGUGAGACAAGGCUCCUUGCUAACUAUUUUUGAGAAUGUUUUGUUAAUACUGGACACUCACUGUGUAUUAACUGAGGAACUACUUACUCACAAGGAGGUGGGAAGAACCCCAUUAUUACAAUCCUUUAUAUGUCUGCACAGAAGCCCAUUUGUUGGUACUUGUUCAGGUACCUUUCUAUUACCUUGGUUAAACAAGUAUGUAAGUUGUGCAUGUUUAUUUUGAAGUAAAAUUUAUUGAUUCCUCAAAUCAGCUUUAUCUACCUCUAUAGAAUAUUUUUUUAAUCUGGACAAAUUGUAGAAUUGUUUUUGCAAAUGGAAAAUCUAGAGUCUGUAAUAAAUCAAUAGUUCAACCAUAUAGAAAUAAACUAUUCUUGGAAUAAA